UCAAUGGAGCUUUUAUUGUGGAAAAUUGUAUCCGGAAGUAGCUAACAUCUAUUUUUAUUCUGUCUAUCUACGGUAUGUGAGAAAGACUUGUACGGGAAGAGGAGAAGAGGCUGUAGACGAGAAGGAUCGAUUAUAAGACUGGUGUUGUCGGGUGGCACAGAGCCUUUGAAGAUCGACACCGUCCACAAAACCCAGGCUAUUCCGCUGGAUUUGGAAACGUUUCUGUAACGGUGAUCGUUUAUUUGAUCCGAUACAGGAUGUCUGGACAGAGCAUUACAGACAGGAUAACCGCCGCUCAGCACAGUGUCACCGGGUCGGCGAUUUCCAAAACUGUGUGCAAGGCGACCACGCAUGAAAUAAUGGGGCCAAAAAAGAAACAUUUGGAUUACUUGAUUCAGUGCACAAAUGAAAUGAAUGUGAACAUCCCUCAGCUGGCUGACACACUGUUUGAGAGGACCACCAACACCAGCUGGGUGGUUGUCUUCAAGUCCCUCACCGCCACACACCAUCUGAUGGUUUACGGCAAUGAGAGAUUUAUACAGUACCUGGCGUCAAGGAACACACUAUUCAACCUCAGCAAUUUUCUGGACAAAAGUGGCUUACAAGGCUAUGAUAUGUCAACGUUCAUAAGGAGGUAUAGCCGCUACCUGAAUGAGAAGGCCGUGUCCUACAGACAAGUCGCUUUCGACUUCACUAAAGUGAAAAGAGGGUCUGAUGGAGUGAUGAGAACCAUGAACACAGAGAAACUCCUCAAGACCAUCCCUAUCAUCCAGAAUCAGAUGGAUGUGUUACUUGAUUUCAAUGUCAAUGCCAAUGAACUGACAAACGGUGUGAUCAACGCAGCGUUCAUGCUUCUGUUCAAAGAUGCGAUCCGACUGUUUGCAGCAUACAAUGAAGGAAUAAUCAACCUCCUGGAGAAAUACUUUGACAUGAAGAAAGUCCAGUGCAAAGAAGGCCUUGACAUCUACAAGAAAUUCCUUACACGAAUGACAAGAAUCUCAGAGUUCCUCAAAGUUGCAGAGCAGGUCGGAAUUGAUCGAGGGGACAUCCCAGAUCUGUCUCAGGCCCCCAGUAGCCUGCUUGAUGCCCUGGAGCAGCACUUGGCCUCUUUAGAGGGAAAGAAAGUCAAAGACUCCACAGCAGCCAGCAGGGCUAGCACCCUCUCCAAUGCGGUCUCCUCCCUGGCCAACACAGGCAUAUCUUUCACCAAAGUGGACGAAAGGGAAAAACAGGCAGCCCUGGAGGAAGAGCAAUCUCGCCUAAAAGCACUAAAGGAGCAGCGUCUGAAGGAGCUCCAGAAGAAUCCUGCUGCAGCGACCACAGACUCCUCCCCUGUCUCCACGGUGGGCGGGACCAUCAACUCAGCACCUGCCAUUGACCUCUUCUCCACCCCCAGCUCCACCAACAGCACCUCUAAGGCAGCCAAUGAACUGCUGGACCUGCAGCCGGCUUUCCAGCAGGCGCUGCCUCUCUCCACCACCAACACAUGGGGAGAUCCUUUCACCUCUGCUGCAGAAGCUGUGGAGGAAUCCAUUCCAAACUCAAACCCUUUCCUCACACUACCUGUUGUCGAUGCUGUCCAGCUGUCCACGGCGUCCUCAGACGCUGGCAGUCUGUCCUCUAGGACACCUAGCCAUGAAGUGUUUGAUCAUUACAAUCCCUUUUUUGACUCAAACUCUUCCCUGGCGUCUGAUCUUGACACUGCUGCGCAGAUAGAGACAUUUAUCACAGACUCCUUCUGUGGGCCAAGCCUUUACAACACUACUCCACUCUUCCAAUCUGAGCCCCCUGCUGUAGCUGGUCUAUUCAGAGGGUUUACAGCCUCCCCAACUCCCCAGCAGCCACAGAACUCUCGAGGCCUUAACGUUGACUUUGACUCAGUAUUUGGCAACAACACCAAUGCCAACAACAUAGAAUCUACAGAUGUUUUAGGUGGCAUCCUCAAACCCACAGUGGCAUCCUCACCCAGUCAGGGCAUGACCCUGAACGGCCAACAGUCCCACAAACUGGUAUCCAAUGACCUGGACUCGUCGCUGGCCAAUCUUGUCGGAAAUCUGGGAAUUGGCAACGGCACAACAAAGAAUGAUCUUCACUGGAGUCAGCCUGGCGAGAAGAAGCUGACAGGCGGAACCAACUGGCAACCCAAGACAGCUCCUUCUACCACCUGGAACCCUGCAACCAUGGCACCAUCUGUCAUGGCCUUCCCCGCAACCACACCGACAGGCAUGAUGGCAUAUGCAAUGCCUCCCCACAUGGGCUCCAUGAUGAUGACACAGCCCACUGUGAUGUACACCCAGCCUGUGAUGAGGCCAGCCAACCCCUUUGGCGCCAAUCCAGGUGCACAGAUGCAGUUUAUGUAACCUGAAGGAGGGUGGGGGGGUCUUUCCCGUCUGAAGAUGAUUCACGACAAAUUCAACUAUACGAGCAAACCUGCAGUUUGCUUCUAAUGAACUCACCUCUCUCUGAGAAUGAAAGGCCCAAAUAAGACUUGAAUAAAAUCACGGUGACUGGGAGCGGCUCUGACCAUCUCAGAGAGGCAUCACAGUGGACAUUGUGCCCAUCUAGUCAUGUCUAAGUCAUGAAAGGAGAAGAAGAGUGCGUGCUGCCAUUCAAAACCAUGUGGACAGGGAUCAGCCCCUACUUUAUCCUGGACUAAGAGAAACAUCACCCGAGGGAAGAGCUUUUUAACAUCGCUGUUUAUGCACCUGGGGGGGAAAUAGUCGUUGUCACACAUACACACUGUUUGUCUUCUUUUGUUCCUCUUUCUCCAGGUGAGGCUGGGAGAGUCACUUAUUUUGAUUAUCAAUCAUGAUUACCUUCUUAAAACAUCCCCAAAUUAGGAACAUAAUUGCAACUCUUUAUAUACCACACAUCUUUGUUUUAUUUUUUGUAUGUAUUGUUUGCAGUAGACAUUCCUUGUGUAUUGUUUGUAUUUAUUUAUGAUUACCUACAUAGAAGAUGACAAAAAAAGUAAAUGUAACUAGUCACUGACCUCCUCCUUGCGGAAGGUCUUCAGGUUUAUAGUUAUGGUUUAUAGGUAUGAUUGAUUGUAGAAUUGGAUUUUGAGUGAUUGAGAUAAUUUUUUAAAAAAAGAAGUUAAUAUAAAGUUUAAAGAGAUGACACGUUUUGCUGUUGGGGCACUAAAUAUUCUCUGUACUCGCAUGAUGCCUUGUACAGUUAUCUGUGGCUCGAGGGGUCACACGGAGGAUGCGUAUGAACGUAAUAAUUCAUUCACACCGUGAAAUCGGUGGGGUCGAUUUCUACCAAUUUGGCGAGGGAACAUUUUUCACAUCAGCAAAAAGCACUACAUUUUGUGAUUGAGGCAGCAUUGCAUUGGAAAGGAAUCUGCAUUUAUGCUUUUGACGCUUUUGGCAUGCCAUUUAUUCUUACAUUUAACAAAGCUCCUGGCUGCCCUUUUUCCAACCUGAAUGUGCAGGGUCCCUUUCAUGCUCAGAUCAUGUUUCCAUAGGCCAGCACAGGGUUCGUUUAGGACAAUGUGGAGGCAAAGGGAGGCAUCGGGUGUAGGUUGAGGUCAGACGAGUAACAGAGGGGUGUGGAUGGGGCCAGAGAGGCGUAGUUGUGCAGGAGAAUAGAGCACUGUUGAUCGGUGCUUUGUGUAUAUAAAACUUUUCCUGCCAAUCACAGGACUGGGCGAGUGCAGGUAUGAAAGAUGAUCUGAACAUAAAAGCGGCCCUUAAUCCAUUAACUGAGCAUAUUUGCUGCAUUGUCCCUGCAGAUUAUAUUUUUGUUUGUUUGAUUUUUCCAAUAAAGUGCAAGCUUCCACA